AAGAGAUUUGAGUACAUAGUCCUCUGAUCGCGCGCUGGACAGAGCUCGCCCUCUCGAUAUUUUGGUUAACGCUGCAAAUACUACUGUGAUACCGCAUUCCAGAAGAUUCCUUGAUCGUCAUGCCCAAGGCAACGUCCUCUCGCGCUGCGGCCGCAGCCCACAGACAUAACCCUUUGGCGGAGGAUAUUUUGUCUGCGGGGCAGGUACGAGCGAAAGCUGGAAAAGCCACCAAGCACAAGUCCCGCCAUGGCGAUAACGAGGAAGAAAACAGUGAGCGUUUUGUCGAUGCAAAGCUGUCGCGAAAAAUCUUGCAGAUUGGACAAGAACUGGCCGAUGAAGACGCCGCAGAAACCACGGCUGCACGGCAAUCCAACAAGGAAUCAACAAAUACUGCCUUUGACUUCGACACGCGAUUUGAGGAUGAGGGCCCGGGAUCAGAUGACGAGGGAAACUUUGAGGAUGACCAAUGGGCCGAUGAAGAUGAGGAAAUCGAAGAAAUCGAAGUCGAUCCCAAUGACUUGGAUAUGUUCAACAAGUUCCUUCCGGCAGGCGAUGAAGAUCCGAUCUUUCACCCCAGCGACCCAGAUGCCGGUGGCCAGAGCACCAAUCUGGCCGAUUUGAUUCUUGAGAAGAUUGCAGAGUAUGAGGCUAAGCAGGCUGGAAAUUCCGAGCCGUUCAUCCAGGGUGGUGGCUUACCGGAGGAUGCGGUUCAAAUCCCCGCAAAAGCAAUUGAAGUAUAUGAGAAAGUUGGAAUGAUCCUAUCCCGCUACAAGUCUGGUCCGCUCCCCAAGCCGUUCAAGAUUCUGCCGACACUUCCUCAAUGGCCGACUCUCAUGUCCAUCACUCGUCCCGAAUCAUGGACCCCCAACGCUGUCUAUGCCGGAACCAGAUUGUUUAUCUCCUCCAAGCCCAUCGUUGCCCAAGAAUUCAUCAAUACUGUUCUCCUGGAUCGUGUUCGUGAAGAGAUCCACGAGACCAAGAAGCUCAACGUCCACACCUAUAACUCAUUGAAGAAGGCGUUAUACAAGCCAGCCUGCUUCUUCAAGGGCUUCCUGUUUCCCCUGGUGUCCGGUGGGACCUGCACACUGCGGGAAGCCCAUAUUGUGUCUUCGGUAAUUGCACGCGUCUCCAUCCCCGUGCUGCAUUCCGCGGCCGCCCUGCUGCGCAUGUGUGACAUUGCAGCCGAGCAAUCAAUGAGGUCGCUUGAAAGCACCGGUGCUGUGAACAUGUUUAUCCGUGUUUUCCUAGAGAAAAAAUACGCCCUUCCAUACAAGGUCAUCGAUGCCCUUGUUUUCCACUUUUUACGAUUCCGUGCUACCGAUGCCGAGGACGCCAUGACCGACGGGCCCUCGGCUGCCAAGGCUUACAAGCUGCCAGUUCUCUGGCAUCAGUCACUUCUGGUCUUUGCCCAGCGCUACCGCAACGAUAUCACCGAAGACCAGCGUGAAGCCUUACUAGACCUGCUCCUUGUUCGUGGCCACAAAGACAUUGGACCCGAGGUCCGUCGAGAAUUGCUGGCUGGUCGAGGACGGGGCGUGGUCGUGCCCGACCCGGAGAACCAGACUGCCCUGGACGCAGGAGACGACACGAUGGACGUCACCAUGUAGACGAUAAUGACAAAAAAAAAAAAGGGGGGGGGGG